GUUCAGUCAUCGUAUCCCUUUUUUGGUUUUUUUCAUUUUUCAAAAGUUCGCACAAUGUCGUUUCACAAGAAAAAUAAGAGCCCGUCCGCUCAACCGUCUAUGCAUUCCUCAUCCGCCCAUUGGCAAGAAGAUGAAUAUUUUCAGGUGAUUGAAUCUCUCAAACGCAUCUACAAUUCCAAGAUUAAACCACUGGAAGUCAAGUAUAACUUUGAAGGAUUUCAUUCGGCACCAUUGACCGAUUCCGAUAUCGAAGCGAAACCCAUCGUAUUAUUGCUUGGUCAAUACUCUACGGGCAAAACUACUUUUAUUCGAUACUUGCUUGGCAAAGCAUAUCCAGGAGAACAUAUUGGUGUUGAACCUACCACGGAUCGGUUUGUGGCCAUUAUGAACGGUAGCGAAGACCGCGUGAUUCCCGGUAACGCGGCAGCCGUCAACCAGGAACUCCCAUUCCGUGGCCUGAAUCGCUUCGGUCAAGCUUUCUUGUCACGUUUCCAGGUCUCACAUACACCUUCGCCUGUGCUGGAAAACAUGAGCAUCAUUGAUACACCUGGUAUCUUGGCCGGUGAUAAACAGCGUAUCGAGCGUGGCUACGAUUUUACACAGGUGGCCGAAUGGUUCGCUCAACGAGCUGAUCUCAUUCUGCUACUCUUUGACUCGCAUAAACUGGAUAUUUCUGACGAGUACAAAAUGGCGAUUCACAGCUUGCGCGGUCAGGAAGAGAAAGUGCGUGUGGUUCUUAACAAAAGUGACAUGGUCAGUCAGCAACAGUUGAUGCGUGUCUAUGGUGCGAUGAUGUGGUCGCUUGGCAAAGUCAUUCAAACUCCGGAAGUGAUGCGUGUGUAUCUGUGUUCAUUCUGGAAUGAGAAACCUACCAAUUGUUUUGAAGAUUGUCGCGAACUCAUUGACGCCGAAUCCAAGGAUUUGCUGCGGGAUCUCAAGGAAUUACGACGCAAUGCAGCGAUUCGCAAAAUCAAUGAAAUUGUCAAACGAGCACGUAUGGCCCGCGUCCAUGCGCUUAUUAUCGGUCACUUGAAAAAAGAGAUGCCGUCCAUGUUUGGCAAAAAGAAGAAACAGGAAGCUUUGUUGAGUCGUCUGGAUCAAGAAUUUUUAAAGAUUCAGCAAAAGUAUCAUCUUCCCGCCGGUGACUUCCCUAAUCCAGAAAGAUUCAGACAAAAUCUGGCGCUGUACGAUAUGGACAAAUUUAAAAAUAUCAAGGAAGAAUUGCUCAACAAGGCAGACGAGGCACUCUCGAUUGAUCUUCCACGGCUCAUGUCCCGAUUUCCGGCAGGCAACCCGGAGUUGGAGGAAAAUCAACGUAAUCCUUUUGAUAUGGAUAGUGGUGAGCAGGAAGCUUUGGCGCCAGGAGAAAUGCCGGCUUCUUUCUGGCAGUUCUCUUCGGUUGAUAAAGCGUCGUAUGCACCCAUUUUCCAGAGUCUUCAUCCUCGCGAUGGCAAGAUUUCGGGCGCCAACGUCAAGCCUGUUUUCGUCGAAAGCGGGUUACCCAAUGAUACGCUGGCUUUGAUUUGGCGAUUGGCCGAUUGGGAUCAGGACGGUUACAUGGAUCUCGAUGAAUUCAGUGUGGCCAUGCAUCUUACUCGAUGCGCCCAGAGUGGAGGUCGUCUUCCCGAAAAACUUCCCAGUACCUUGAUGCCUAACCGUAGAAUCUAGAAAAAAGUAAAGAAAAAGGAUGCCUCCGCCCAUUCCUAUUCCUUAUCACCUAUACGUUUAGAAGGAUUCCUUAUAGCCCCAAUAGAUCGUUGCUCUACUAUUCCAUCUGCAAAAGAGAUCAAGAGAAAAAAUAUAAUAAUAAAAA